CAACAUCUUUAAACUCUCCACACUGAUCUGCAGUACUGGCGAGGCUUCAAAAAUGAGCACUUUGAGAACUCGUAAAGAACCAUUUGAUAUCUGAUUUGGGGGAGACUCAUGAUUGUCGGUGAUACCGUUAUGUGUGUGGAGUGCUGCGUUGGUCAUCUCGAGUAUGCUACACAAUAUAAAAACAGCGGACAGAAUCAGCUCAGAGCCAGUGGAGGACACCGACACCACCACCUUUGUGGCAGAAUUUUCUUUAGAAGCCAAUUACCCUGUUCAAGUCACUGAUCCCAAUGAUGCUGUGACACUCCACCUGAGCUCCAUGCCCUCUGUUUACCUGAGCCCCUCUUACAGAAUCCGGCAGCCAGUUAAAGAUACUGAAGAAUGUACCUGCCCGACAUCUACUUCACCAGAAGACCACCCUAAAGAACUACAACUACAGCUGAACAGCCCUUGUGAAAAGUGCUACCGUCCUGCACCUCCACCCAAGAUCAGCGACCUCCUGAAUGACAAAGAUCUUCUGGACUUAUUGCGACUCAAACUGGACCCGAACCACUGCACUGUAAAAAACUGGAAGAACUUUGCGAGCCGCUGGGGGAUGAGCUACGACGAGCUCACACUGCUGGAGCACCGGACCCAAGGUUCUCUGUCCCACAGCCCCACCCAGGAGUUCCUAUUGCGUUACAACCAGAAACCUGUCGCCGAGCUCACUGAACUGUGUCGCUUUUACCAGCGCAUCGAUGUGUUGCGAUUGUUGCAGGGUUGGAUGGAAAAUGAUUGGCCGUCACGCUGGCAACAAAGAAAGUAACCUGCACAGCUUCUCUUUUACAAAUUAUCCUGUCUCUCGUCUCUAUUUUUUGUCUAAGAUACUUUGGACCACAUAAUAUUGUUUGCCAACUUUUAAACGGGUGCAACAAUAAUAAAGAGAUCAACAGCUUGAUAUAAUUUUUUUUGUGUGCAAAUUGUGGAUCACCAAAUUAGAGUUCUGAACCGUCUGAAAUGUUUACAAUGGGAUACAGUAUGUACAGAGGUUAAUUCUUCCAAUUGAAGGAAUUAUAAUAGUUGAAGCGCAUGCACAGAUGGACCCCAAGUGGUGCUCAAGCACCAGCCCUUUUCCCCUGGGUGUAAAAAGUGCCAUUUUUGCUGCAGCACCUGCCCUUGUGGCCAGGAUGAAGAAAGUGCCCUUUUCUGCUGCAGCCCAUUUAUUCCCCCGAGCCAAUGUGAAAUCCAUCGGCAACCCCCCCCCCCCCCCCCCCCCCCCCCCCCCCCUCCCUGCCCUUUUUCUGGGCUUGAGCAUCUGCUCUAUAAAAGUUAUGUGCAUGUGCCUGUAAUACAUAAUGUAGUUAAUAGCAAAUAACAAAUAUUGCUUAUAUGGUAAGUUUUUAAAUGAACCUGAGUUCAUCCUUGGAUGUGAUACAAUACUCAUAUUUACAUUUAGCAUUAAAUAAAUCACCACAAUGCUCAAAAUUGUUAAUGCAAUACGGGGAAUAAAACGGUUUGAAUGUGCAAAAUGAUGCAGUUGAAGCUUUUGUUAACUGUGUUUUUUUUGUUAGAAGAAAUUGGAAUAGAUUUUUUGUUUAUCUGCUUUCUCAGUAAAUAUGUAAAUAAAUACUUUA